AUGCAAAAUCGACAACCUCACUUAAAAGAAAUACCGUUCGAAUUUCCCAUAAUAGAAUAUCGAACCAGGACCGAACGCGACCGCACGCUCACCGAUCUCUCUUCUUUGCAGAUACACAGACAAUCAACGAUGACAUCAACACACAAAUUCCUGCUGUUGCUCCUGCGGAUGACGAGCCUCGGCGUCCUCGCCGUCGCCGCCGAAAUGCGGGAGCAGAAAUUCGCCAUGGAGCCGCAGGAUCAGACGGCAGUGGUCGGCUCCAAGGUCACACUGCCCUGCAGGGUGAUCGGCAAGAGCGGCGUCCUGCAGUGGACCAAGGACGACUUCGGCCUCGGCACGCACAGGAACCUCAGCGGCUUCGAUCGCUACUCCAUGGUCGGUAGCGACGAGGAAGGCGAUUAUUCUUUGGAAAUAUUCCCCGUGAUGUUGGACGAUGACGCCCGGUACGAAUGCCAAGUAUCGACUGGAGCCCAAGGGCAAAUGGGGAUUAGGAGCCACUUCGCGCGGUUGACGGUCCUCGUGCCGCCCGAGCCCCCCAAAAUCGUCCAAGGCGGUUUCUUAGUCACCACCGAAGACCGGGAAAUCGAGCUGGAGUGCAUCAGCUACGGUGGAAAACCCGCCGCUGAAAUCACUUGGAUCGAUGGCCUAGGGAACGUUCUGUCGGAGGGCAUUGAGAACAUAGUGGAAAAGCUGUCCGAUGGACGAAGAUACACGGCAAAGUCGAUAUUGAAAUUGACGCCCAGGAAAAUCCACCACAACACGACUUUCACCUGUCAAGCGCAGAACACCGCCGAAAGGACCCAUCGCUCGGCCAAAUUGAAAUUGGAGGUGAAGUACGCCCCCAAAGUAUCGGUGACGGUGCUGUCCGGCCUGGGCCCCAACGGCCGCAUCCCCGAAGGCUCCGAGGUGCGGUUGGGCUGCAAGGCGGACGCCAAUCCCCCGAACGUCACCUACAAAUGGUACCUGAACGACGAGCCCCUCAUCGGCGACUUCGCCACCGAGCUGGUGCUCCACAACGUCACCAGGCGACACCACGACGCCAUCGUCAAGUGCGAGGUGCACAACGCCGUCGGCAAAAGCGAGGAGAGCCAAUCGCUGGAUAUCAGCUAUGGUCCUCAAUUCAGGACGAGGCCGAAAUCGGUGCAAUCCGAUCUUGGAGCGAGCGUGACGUUGACUUGCGAUGUUGACGGUAACCCCGCGCCGGAUAUAUCCUGGUACCACGAGGACCAGAAGAAAAUCGUCAGCACCAUCGCUAAUCUAACACUGAGAGUGGACCACAGCACGGCUGGGAGGUACUACUGCAAGGCCAGGGUUCCGGGUUUCCAGGAAAUCGGCGCCGAAGCAGCCAUUUACCUCAAAGGUCCACCGUCUAUCGUUAGCCAUCGGACGCAGUUCGGUAUAGAAGGCGAUAACGUUAGAGUGGAGUGCACCGCUUUUUCGAUUCCGGCGCCAGAGAGGGUCGUCUGGACGUUCAACGGUCGAGAAGUCGACCUCAACGACCAGGAUUACUCCAUCCUGGAGGACCCUCUACCGGAAGGCAUAAAAUCCACUUUAAUCAUCAGGGAAUCCCAGGAGAAGCAUUUCGGAAUGUACAAUUGCAGCGUUGCCAACCCGUACGGGAGCGAUGUUGUGGAGAUUAGCCUCAUGCCUCAAAAAAGCUUCCCAAUGCUGAUUGUCAUAAUUGGAGUUGUCGUCGUUAUUAUAAUACUCAUUAUAAUUAUAAUGGUUAUAUUUCUUUGCCAAAGGCAGGGGAGUAAGAAACCGCAUCCUGAGACAGACACGAAUACCAUGGAGAAACAGUGCAAGGAAUCAGACCGAAGUUCAAACAUCUCAGAUUUGAAGCUCGAUCUGAGAACGGGCUCUUCCAACAGCAACGUCCAUUGCGACCUGGACUACAUUCCGGGCGCUGAAUCGGAAACUGGCAGCGAAUCGGUCAUCACCAGGAUAGGAGUCCCCCUGGCCGGUCCUGUCAACGUUCCCGGACAAGAUAUCUAUAGGUAUUCGGGAGAAUACACAGAGCCAAACAUUCCCCCUAAAGACGGUCAAAACAACAACGGCUACGUUCCUUACGUGGACUACGCCAGAGACUACAAUCCCCCUCUGAUGCAAGCGCCCAUACCCUCCUGCAUGGACCCCACGAGGGAAAGCCUACAAUCCACACGCCUCCAGUUGAACUCCCUCCAGAACCACCAGAUACCCGUGUCAGGCUCGAGUCUGCCCCUCAGCGAUCUCUCGGACCUGCACCUGUCUCACCAGUCCAUCCCCAACGGAUGCCUGCCUUCCAUCGACCCCAGGUUCAGCGCCACAUACGGCAACCCCUACCUCAGAAACCCGAGCGUCGGGCUGCCGACGCCGAACACGGCGAACCCGGCGGCGACGCCGGCGCCGCCGCCCUACUCGAGGGACGCCUCGCGGCUGGUGGGCAGCUGCGGCAUGAUAACGGCGAGCGCCAACGUGGUGAACACCGUGGUGGCGAACGGCGCCAACGGGUCGGUGCCCCAGGUGACGAGGCUGCCCAACUCGCCGACGAGCCAGUACAUAGUGCCCAAUUCGAACGUCGCGACGCUUAAACGAGGGACGAUGGCGACGCACGUGUAAUUAGACGUCGAAGUGCGGUUUGUUUUUUGUUAUAGGUGAAACGAUUCGAAAGAGGGUGGGAGGUUUUUGAAUCAAAAUUCGUUGUUUUUUGGGGGUGAAUUCGGGGGAAAAAAGGUACUGAUGAGGCGUCGAAAAUAUACGUUAGUUAAUUGAAUUGGGAUAUAGAGACUAAUUGUAUUAAAAACCCCGAAAUUUUUUGUUAUUUUAAAUAAACCUAAAUCAGUAACUCUUUUCUAACCGAUUUCGAAAGUUAUACAGAGUGUUACAAAAACGUAAAGUUACUUAUCCUUUCAUAUCGUCUUCUUAUCAAUCAAUCAAUCGCGUUUUUUGACGUUCUGUAUUUAGCUAAAAUAAACUUGAAAAAAAUCGAAGUGAUGUUAAAAUUAAGUGAAUUUAUGACGAGAAGACUGAGUAAUUAUAUAAAUCGAUCUUUCUUUCUGGUUUUUUACUUUUAUUUACAUGCAUUAUCUAGAAUAUCAAAUUUUAAAAUGUUGUUUAAAUUCGGAUUUCUUGGAGGAUAAACACGCACGACUAUUGUAAUUUUUUACGAAUGCGCAAUUAAAUUAAUUGAACCUGAAUUAUUGAUUAAACAUUAAUCGGAACGUAGAGAGACUGUUUUGUACGGAUUCGUAAGGAAAAUUCAACUUUUUUUAAGGAGCUCAAUUUCACAAAAUGUUUUCCAAUAGUUUUUCGUUAUUAUACCAAGCUUCUUAACUUCUUUAUUAAUUCUUUCUUUCCUAUAAAUUUGCUAUAUUUUGCUUUGUUGUAUUCUUAUAAACCCCCUUUUGAAUAUUGUUUAGCAAAUUUUUAGGUUGAAAUUAGCCUUACGAGUGUUAAGAAUGCAAAUUAAAAAGAAAUAUUUUUAUCAAAAAAAAACCUAUUAAAUCACAUCUUUUUCAUUCUUUAUCCGUACAAAACAGUAAGAAAAUGUACAUAUCAAAUCGGUGAAAAAUCUAUCGGUUUCACGUGAAAUUUAUGUCAAUUCCUAUUAAAAACAAAUCAUUGCGGUGUUAUUUAAAGAAAAUUGUAUAAAAAAAAGACAAACUUAAGGCAAAAAUGAUAUAUUUUUGCAAGGAGAGCUUCCCAGUUUUCGAUUCGUAAUUCUAAUUUCGGUUUUUUCGUGCAAUAGCUUGUUUUCGUGUACGAGAAACUCGCCAUUUGCUUUUCUAGUAGUUGUUUUUAUUUCGAGGAAAAUUGUUACAAUGAGGAGGAGAAUGUUUCUUGUUAUAAAUUUGAAAUAUAUACCAAAGAUAUUUUUUGUAUAGUAAAAGUCUAAUGCGAGUGUAUAUUUUUUUAAAUAAUUUCAAAUUUCAACGAUUCGCUGCAUAAAUUAAAGCAAAACAUUGGCCUACAUUGCAAUAUAAUUGUAUAUUUUAUUGUGUUGUUUUGGUUUGUAAGUGCAAUUUUGUACUUAAAUAUAUACAGAGUGGAUCGCUUUAAAAGCGCUAAAUUGCUAAAAGCGAUGCAUUUUGUAUAUUACUUCAUAUAAUAAAAUCUUUGCUCAUUUUCUUAAUCUUAAUUUUUGUGUAUAAUGUAUAUUUUAUGAAUUGUAUAUUUUUAGUUUUAUAAUUUUUAAUGUAAACGAACUCGAACGUUUAGUUAGAACAUCGAUCGUUUUUUUUUUGUAC